CUCUGUUUGGGAGACAUUAAGAGAGUAAACUCCGGUAUUAACUCAAUACAAAGCUUUUUUUUCUACCAGAACUGCUGCUCUGUCGCCGGCAUCUAAGGUUGUGCAGAAGCCAUUUCAAAUAACGAAAGAAAAUCAGUUGUCAUUAUGGGGCUUAUGGUGCUACCAUUUGUUGGUCCGGUGUCGGUGUCUGAGGGCCUGUUUGCUGUGACAACGCUGUGUCUGGUCUACCUGAUCUACAAGUUUUUCCACACCGAGAUCCCCAAGGGGCUCCGCCGCCUGCCCGGGCCGAAGCCCCUGCCCAUCAUCGGGAACCUGCUGGAGCUGGGCAGCAGGCCCUACCUCAGCCUCACCGCCAUGAGCAAGCGCUACGGCCACAUCUUCCAGAUCCAAAUCGGCAUGCGGCCCGUGGUGGUGCUCAGUGGCAAUGACACGGUGCGCCAGGCCCUCGUCAAGCAAGGGGACGAUUUCUCCGGCCGACCCGACCUGUACAGCUUCAGUUUCAUCAACGACGGCAAGAGCCUGGCCUUCAGCACGGACAAGGCCGGCGUCUGGCGCGCCCGCCGGAAGCUGGCCUACAGCGCCCUGCGCUCCUUCUCCACCCUGGAGGGAACGACCCCCGAGUACUCGUGCAUGCUGGAGGAGCACAUCCUCAAGGAGGGCAAGUACCUGAUCCAGCAGCUCAAAGACGUCAUGGCGGCCGACGGCAGCUUCGACCCCUUCCGCCACAUCGUGGUCUCCGUCGCCAACGUGAUCUGCGGCAUGUGCUUCGGCCGCCGCUACAGCCACGACGACCAGGAGCUGUUGAGCCUGGUGAACCUCAGCGACGAGUUCAGCCAGGUGGCGGGGAACGGCAACCCCGCGGACUUCAUCCCGGCUCUCCGCUUCCUGCCCAACGCCUUGUUGGCAAAGUUUAAGGACAUCAACGCACGCUUCAACAUAUUUGUUCAGAAGAUCGUCAGCGAGCACUACGCCACCUAUGACAAGGACCACAUUCGUGACAUCACCGACUCCCUGAUCGAUCACUGCGAGGACCGGAAGCUGGACGAGAACUCCAACGUGCAGAUGUCAGACGAGAAGAUUGUGGGAAUUGUCAAUGACCUGUUUGGAGCGGGUUUUGACACCAUCAGCACUGCAUUGUCUUGGUCAGUGAUGUACAUGGUGGCUCACCCGGAGAUACAAGAGAGGCUUCAUCAAGAGCUGAAGGACAAAGUGGGUCUGGAUCGCUUUCCCCUCCUCUCCGACAAACCCAACCUCCCCUUUCUGGAGGCCUUCAUCCUGGAGUCCCUUCGCCAUUCUUCAUUCCUGCCCUUCACCAUCCCUCAUUGCACCACAAAAGACACGUCUCUGAAUGGCUACUUCAUUCCCAAAGACACCUGCGUCUUCAUCAAUCAGUGGCAGGUCAACCAAGAUCCCGAGCUGUGGAAAGACCCGUCCACCUUCAACCCGGACCGCUUCCUGAGUGCCGACGGCACCGAGGUCAACAAGAUGAAGGGGGAGAGGGUGAUGGCCUUCGGCAUGGGCAAGCGUCGCUGCAUUGGCGAGGUCAUCGCACGGAACGAGUUGUACCUCUUCUUGGCGGUCAUCGUCCAGAACCUGCACUUCCACGCGAUACCCGGAGAGCCGCUGGACAUGACCCCAGAAUACGGCCUCACAAUGAAGCACAAGCGCUGCCACCUGAGAGCGACGAUGCGAGCCGGGAGUGAGGAGUGAAGCUAUUUACAGAGUGUUUGACACAAUAGGUGGUGUUGUGUUGACUCUUAACACUGUAUGGAGAGUCUCUGUUUGGAUAUUGGUCAGGAUGUUAGGCACCAGAUGCUGAAUUUGAUCUACAGAGCUAAGGGCAUUGAAGCAGGCGGUUGAAUUUGCUUGUUGCAGAUUGUCUGCGUUUGUGUGAACAAAUCUUUGUCAUGUUUAUUUUGGUUCUUGAAGAGAUAUUCCUGCACACGGUGGGUGCUUCUCAGUGAAGUAUAAGGAGAUACCUGCUGUGUUUUAAAAGUAAAACUGCUCCCGUUAAGAAGGUGUAAAACGCUCUGAGACUAAGUA